GGAAAAAGUAAACAGUGGAAAGCAGUUCCCUGUAUCGUAUCCUUUGGACGUCCUUUCCAUGAUGUGUUACACAUGACUGCUGUGAGACUGUUCCGCCUGCUUUAGGGCUACACCAGCACCAUCAACGACUGGACAGAUGUUCACCUAGGAUGCUGAUAAAGUGUGGGCCAGACAUGUUGGAAAUGGUUUUGGCUAAAAUCACUUUGUUUUACAAGGAAAGUAAUUAAAAGGAGAUAACUGAGGAUGGACAACAGGGACACUGGCAGUCUGAAGAACAAUAAAAAGAUGGAUGCCAACACACUAUGGCAGUGGCGCAUUAUGCAUGUAAAGAAGUACUCAAGACAUCCAGAACCAUUCCAUUACAGCAAUAACAUGAGACUAGAUUUUAAUGUUCGAUCCAACACACACAAGAAAUUGGAUUUACGUUCAUUGACAAAUGGUGUCAUACUGGAGGUCUGUGACUUUGCGAAAACGGUUCGCAAAAGUAAAUGGCAUUUUAUCACAAACAUUCUGGAGAACAAUUUCGAUCUUGGAUUGAAAAACGAGCAACAGCGGAUUGAGUUUACUUCUCAAAUUCUGCACAAAGUCAGAGACUUGAUCCAAAAACCUCCUGAAGAUAAACAUGAAGCUUUUACUCUCUUUGACACGUCAUCUGAGCCAGAAUGUAGCAGCAACAGCAAAAGUGGGCCUAACAUGGGAUCUACAGAAUAUAAGACUGACUGGUUCCUGGUGGACAUGGAUGAUAUGAAUGAAAGUGAACAUGAAGAUAAAUUGAAGUGUUCACAAGCACCAUCUAAAGACUAUAUGAAGAUGGAAGAGAUGGAUGGACCACGUACUGAUGACAGUGGUGAUGAUGAUGAUGAUGAGGAGUUGGAGUGUUCAAAGCCUAAGUCAGCAAGAAAACUGGAAGAGGAUGUUCUCCCCCCCUCGUUCCCUUGUUGUGAAGUAAUUGGUCUGAACCUUGAUGUUGGGUCAAAACAAAGUCUAGAUCCAGGUUUACUGACAAAGGGCAUGAUGUUAGAGCUAGUACAGUUCACUAGAGCAUUGACUGCAUCCCACAGAUCUAUUGUUCUCAGUGUGUUGAAGCAUAAUUUUGAACUUGAUCUUAAAAGUCAACAGGAAACAAAUCAAGUGUGGUUCACAAUAUUACAAUUGCAGAAAAGGAAGAAGCUAAUUCUUACCACUGGUACCAAAAUCAGUCCAGAUUUUAAAAGUGAGCCAUUUUUCUUUCAGACAAAUCCCCUUGAAAAAGGAUCAGCUCUGUCCAGAGUGGGAGCCUCACUAUAUCGAUUGAAAGAAGUGAGCAAAAGAAGACAGUCUGAUUUAAAAAGUAAAUGUGAAAAAAGAGCUCUUUCAACAACUAGAGAACAUGUCACCAAACGGCGCAGAACAGAACAGGCUGAACAGGAAGAGACAAACACACUGUCUCAUCAUACUGAUAUGUAUAACAGUGAAACAGCAGAGGAGGACCACAGCUACAUGUGUACUUUAGACUCAGACAAAGUCACAGAUUCGGAAAAUAAUGAAAAUGGAGAUGACUUACAAAACCCAACAAGUUCUGACAUCCAUAGUAAAUCAGAAUCAAGCUGCAUGGGUACACGUGAACCUUUCCUCACUUCCACUAAUGGUUCAUCCAGUUUACCAAUUGUGAACUCAAUUGUGAACCUAAUGAAAUGUCAGCCUGAUGAAAGAGGACAGUGUGGAGAUGAAGAGAAGACAGAGAUUCCAAGAACUGUGCCAUACAAAUGUGACAUGGAAGAAGAGGAAAUGGAAACGGAGAGCCACAUGUGGAAAUUGCGUGCAAAUCGUGUAAAACAAAUCCUUUCCUUACAAGAAAAAGAGUACUGUGCAUUCUUCUGGUCAAAGAAAGCUGGCAUAGAAUUUGAUGUUGGAUUUGGCCCAAAGCAAAACUUCAGCAUUGACUCUUUGUGUAAUCCUGUUCUGCUUGAGGUUGCUAAAUUUGCCUUAGCAAUGAAUUCAUCCCAGCAGGAUUUCAUCAUGGAGAUUCUAGAGUACAACCUUGACUUCAGCCUGUGGAGUGAACACCAUAGGAAAACCGUUGUAUGUGAGGUUAUGAAUAGAGUUAGACAGCUUAAAAGAAGUGAUGAUGCCGUCAGGCUUUCAAAAGAGGUUUUUGGACUUCCUGGUCCUAUGUCAUCAGUUAACAUGACCAAUCAGAGCAUGGGUAGUGUCAAACCUGAAGUCGGCAGCAUAUUGAGAACAACUGAAAGUAAUGCUGCUCCCAUGUGUCCUCCUGAUUUACAAGCUGAAAACAAAGAACACAGGGUGGACAUCUAUCCCUUCUGCAAGGACAUUGGUCUGAAGCUAAAUGUAAUCUCCAGUCAGCCACAUAAAAAACUUGAGAUCAACAAAUUGACCAAUGGGGCAAUGACUGAAGUGACAAACUUUGUAGAAAAGUUGUGUGGAACAUUUGAUCAGAUUUGUAUUGACAUCCUCAGACACAACUUUGAUCUUGAUUGGCAAAAUGGAGAUUCUGACCUUGCUAAAACUAUUCUUGCUCGAAUUCCUGUUAUAUUGGAGCACAAAAAUCUAUCAAAUGUAACAGGCUUUAAGAAAAUAAACCCAAGAAAGCACAAAGAAUUUUUAAUGAUGGUGAUGGAUUGCCAGAACAGCCCAAAUUUAGAUACAUGUAGUACUGGCUCUUCCCAGGCUCCAAUCAUAGACCAAAAUGUAGGGAGUUCCACUGACACUGACACAUAUAAUGAGCUUGAUUUAUUGUUGUGGAAAUUGCGGGCUAAUCAAAUUCAACAGAUCCUCUCAGUGCCUCAUGUAGAACAUUGCCCAUUUUACUCCUAUUCCAGAUGCAAGAAAUUGGGCAUUGAUUUCAAUGUGGGAUCUGGAGUGAAACAAAAUCUGGAUCUAAAAUUACUGACCAAUGGCAUCAUGGUUGAAAUGAACACUUUUUCUACAGCACUGCAACCAGCUCAAAAGGAUUUCAUCACAGAGAUUCUGGAGUACAAUUUUCAUCUGAAUUUUAACAAUGAGAUGUGUCGCAAUGUCUUUGCACAGCAAGUUCUGGACAAACUGAUUAAAUCGACUCUUAAAUGUACGAAAUCCAGAUUGCUGAAAAUGUCUUUUAAGCUCCCUGACUUAACAGACAUAGAUGAAUCUACUUAUCUGAAAGCUAAAUAUUGCCCUAAAUGUUAUCAAGACAGAAAUUCUAAGAUUAGUCAAGAUGAAUCCAAUUCUGACCAUAUGCUACAUCCUCGUCCACAUGCCAUGACUGACACAGUCUCUACUGAAGCAAACUGCACAGCACAAAAGCCUACAAAGGAUCUGUCUUCUACUUUCCAAGUAGCAGAGGAGACAAUAAUGGACAGUUACCCUCUCUGCAAGAAAAUACGUUUAAGCCUAUGUGUGGACAAAAACAAACCAAAAGAUAAACUUGACCCCCAUGUAUUGACAAAUGGUAUUAUGAAGGAAGUGGCUAGUUUUUCCAAAAGAUUGUGUGGAACAAAACAUAAGCUCAUUAAUGAUAUUCUUGAACACAACUUCAACCUUGGCAUGCAGAGCCAAUAUAUAAAUCUUACAAUGCUGUGCCAGAGAAUGUUGUCACAAUACGGUGAAAGGCCCACCUGGUUCAGUGAAGUUUUUGUUAUUCAGCCAUGUACUCCGAGAGAGUUUAGAGAUGUGAGAAAAGUGGAAGAAGUAUCUGCCACACAGGAAAAUGAAAGGAAGGAAACAACCAAAAAAAGAAAGCAGACACUGCAAACAAAGAAGAAAGAAGCCACACUAUUGAGUGAUAACAUGGGUGCUGUAAAAUCAAGAAGAGAUGGGCAGAAUAGUGGAGACUGCUAUCUCAUUUGCACAGAGAUAGGUCUGGACCUAGACAUGACAUCAAAAUCAGGAGACAAGGAAAAACUGGACUUAAAGCUGUUGACUAGAGCUGCAGUGAUGGAGAUCUAUAAAUUUCUAGGAAGGAAACCACAACACUACUUCCCAGGCGCACUGUUUGACAUCCUUGACUAUAACUUUAAUCUAAGCUCACAACACUACAGGCAGUGGGAAUUUUCCAUAGCUACUGCAGCCAAAGUCAAAACCAUGGUCAAACAAUACCGGAAAAAAUUGCACAGAGCAAAUGAGGUCUUCAAAUUGCCAUUUGUGUUUGAACGCAAAGAAUUAAAAGGAUUGGUACAAGAGAGACAAAAUGAAAGUCCUAAAUCAUCUGUGGAAACAGCAGACAUGACAACGAAUGAAGAAUGUAGAGCUGUUCAGCCUUUGAGAAACCUUUCAGAUGUCAAUCAUGCCCAUCUUCUUAAUGUCAAAACUAGUAAGGAACUUUGGUUUGAAGAGGAGGACACAAAGUCUCAAACCGAUCCUGGGACAAUAAUGCAGAUGACAGGGAGUCCUGUGAGUGGAGAUUGUGACAGUCGUUUCCAGGAAAACAUACAGAUUAAAAAGGCGGAAGAUGAUUCACAUUAUGGUGAUAUGAAACCAGAACCAGUCACUGAGGAAAUAGAUAAACCUGCAGGAUCCUUUGGAUAUACUUUAACUAUAUGUCCAAAAUCUGAAAGUCAUAUAAAAACCGAAUCAGAAACGGAGGAUGCCCAGUAUUACAACCUGGCUGAACCACAAGUAUCUGAAGGAUAUGCCAGGCACUAUGUAGGUACAAAGACUGAGAGCAGUGUGAAAACAGAAUCAGACAGUGAGGAUGUCAAGUAUGAAAUCCCAGUCGAAGCAGCAGGAUCAUCAUACUCCAUGGUAACCAUAUGUCAGGACACUGAGAGUAAAUUGAUCAAACAGGAGCAAGAAAAUCGUCCAGUCUUCAUUAUGGAGAUGUUUCAAACACAAAGUGAAGUGGACAUCAAACAGGAACAAGAUUCUUAAUAAUCUAAGUGAUGGUCCACAAUAAAGACAGUUGUUAAACAGAUAGUGUUCAGCUGUUCGUCCAAUAAUGAGAAUUUGACGAGAAUUAGUUUUAAGGAUGAUGAGACACUGAACUCUUCUCUGUAGAUAUUACCUGAUUGUAAUUCAGCAAUUGGAGGUUUUCUGGUUUGUUUUCAGGUGUUUGUUUGUGUUUUUAAUGUUGUUUUUCCACUGUUUAUUAGUGCCUUUUCUGACCUUCAUGCUAUUUUUAUAUAAUGUGUUCAUUUUUUUUCCAAAAAGAAAAAGCUGCUUACUUACAAUGAAAAAUGAAAGACGUUGUAAACUACAAAGAACUGUGGUCUCUUUUUUCUUUUUCUUUUUUUUAAUUUGUGACAUAAAUGCGUAAAGAUUGAGUGUGUGAUUGCUUUAAAAAAUUUAAUCCACUUUAUAAUGCAGAUAUACACUAAAGAGAAGAAAAUGACCUAGAUCUUGAUGGAAAGUUGUAUUGUUUUAAACUGUUUUAGUACAUUUUUAAUAAAGUUUCAAAAGCAUU